UUAACAUAGUCAUGUACAUACACCCAAGCUUAAAACACACGCACUCUCUCCUACAUAAUAGUUUCUGCAAUGGAUGCUUUCGAAAAGCUCGAAAAGGUCGGGGAAGGAGCCUACGACAAAGUGUACAUAGCGAGAGAGAAAAGCUGUUGGGUAUGCUCUGUCGCGAUGCCCAUAUCGUCGAUCAAGCUGAUAGAUGUGAAACAAGGGAUUAGUAAGACGAGGGAUAUGGUUUUGUACUUGGUGUUUGAGUACAUGGACACUGAUUUGAAGAAGUUCAUUCGGUCUUUUCGUCAAACAAGAGAGAACAUUCAUUUGCCCACUGUUAAGACCUUGAUGUAUAAACUUUGUAAAGGGGUUGCCUUCUGUCACGGUCAUGAGACUUCAAGCCUCAUAAUCUUUCGAUGGACCCGAAGAAUAGCAUGUGAUCAUCCUAUUAUUGAGGCAUCGAUACUCCUACACCUGCUUCUGCCUGUGAAGCCUCAAAAGAAAAAGUUACUCAGAUUGUCAAGCAAUUACCCUACUCCUACACUUGCUUCUGCCUUUGAUGGCCUUUUACAUAUGAAUUAAUAACUAUAUAUUAUUAAAAUUAUGUUACUGUCUUAUUAUAUAAACGAGGCUAUGCUUAUUAUAUAUACAAGACUGAAAUUUUCAGAACAUAUAAUUCGAUAUGCUUAUACCUCAGAUAUGAUUCAAUAAAAGUUAAUGUAUGUCUUAUAAUAUAUACAGGGCUAUGAUGACAUUCCCAAGAAGAUACAAGAUGCUGAUGUUAAGAAGGUAACAUCUAAUUUUCCCAGUUUCUCUCUCAGCACAGUCUGAGAACUCAAGCAGAUUCUAACUGGUUUAAUAUUCAUCUUCAUCUCAUCAUGAAGUCAUUGCUUGCAGUUAAGUAUUACAUUCCCUCUUUUGGUAACAAGUCUGCCUUGAUGAGAUUACCAUUGGACAUUUAUACAUUUCUUGUUGUUUCUUGUCAGAUGUGUUAUUUAGAUUGGCAUUUUCUUAUCACUGGUAUCACGUGGCCCAAGCUUUAAAUCAUCUGGCCUCAAUCUUGUAGUCUUACCUUGAUAGUUUUUGACCCCGUCUCACAUUUAUAAUCUAUGCUAGGUUUCCUUUCUCAUAAAAGUAAUUAAUGUUCCCAUGCACGGUUUACCAAGAGCUGUUGAUAUCCAGUCCUGUUGCAAAGGAUCCAGCAAUGAAGGUUAAUUGGAACUUAGAUGGAGUGUUCUUUGUCAAGACUCGUAAGCGAAAGGCAGAUUGAAAGUAAAAGACCGAUGGAAAAGUUAACAAGUUCAUAAUCAUGAGUAUUCUAUAAUUUAGUUGAUCACAUGCCAAGCUUAUACAACUUCAUGCAUAUCUAUUUUUUGAUGUGGUUGUGCCUUUAUUUUGUAGGACAAAAUUGAAAAGUCAUGGGUAGUAAUUUAUGAGGACCAACUGAAGAUGUUCAUGGCCUGCUAUUACAAGGAUGAUCACAUGUUAUUAGAGGUCGAUGUGAAGUAGGAGUAUCGCUUUAGAACUAGCUAAGGGUUGCUUGCUAAUGUUGGAUGAUAGUUAAACUGUUCUUCUAGAAGCAGGUGUAGUUAAGUUAAGGGUGUAGGGUAAUGCUGGUGUAAAUUGCUUGGCUUGGUACUGAAUGGUUUGUAUUUGAAUGUUGUGCAAACAAAUUUGUAUUUAACAUUAUGGGCAAUCCAAUUUACAAGCAUUUA